UAUACCUCCUCUUUGCCCAUAGGUAAUCGGUAUCGAUAACCUAAUCGUUUUUUUCUUAUGUUUUCAUUAUAAUUAGUAUAUUAUGUGUAUGUAUAUAUCUGUAGAUUGUAAUUGUAUAGAUCCAGAUAUGAGAUGAUUUUGUAAUUUUGAAAUAGAACGUGUAUAUUUUCAUAUAAAUAUACAGUAGUUUACUUGAAUAUCUUAUAAAAUGGCAAACACUGGGGUAUUACCAUUUGUGCGUGGUAUUGAUUUUAGCAGCAAUGAUUUUGGUAAUGGAAAAUUUCCAGAAUCAGUACAUCUUAUGACUGGUAUACAAUGGCUGAAAUUAAACGAAACCAACUUAACAGAAAUCCCAGAAGAAAUGGGUAAACUAUUAAAAUUGGAACACCUUUCAUUGGUUAAAAAUAAGCUGGAACGCUUGUAUGGAGAAUUGACGGAGCUUGGUUGUCUUAGAACAUUGAAUAUUAGACGCAACAAUAUCAAGUCAAGUGGCAUACCAGCAGAAUUGUUUCAUUUAGAGGAAUUGACUACGUUGGAUUUGAGUCACAAUAAUUUGAAAGAAGUACCAGAAGGACUCGAGCGAGCUCGCUCCUUGCUAAAUCUUAAUUUAAGUCAUAAUCAUAUUGAUACAAUCCCGAACACGCUGUUCAUUCAUCUAACUGAUUUGUUAUUCCUGGAUCUUAGUAAUAAUAAAUUGGAAACGUUACCACCACAGACUCGUCGUUUGGCCAAUCUGCAGAGUUUAAAUUUAAAUCACAAUCCGUUGGGACACUUUCAGUUAAGGCAACUACCGUCCCUGAUGAAUCUAACGACCCUGCAAAUGCGCGAUACUCAACGGACGUUAAGCAAUAUUCCGUCGAAUUUAGAAACGUUGACGAAUCUCCAAGAACUCGAUCUAUCACAAAAUAAUUUACCUCGAGUACCAGACGCUCUUUAUUCGUUACUAAAUUUGCGCCGUUUAAAUUUAAGCGAUAACGAAAUAACUGAACUAUCUACAGCAAUUGAACUUUGGACCAAGUUGGAAAUAUUAAAUAUUUGUCGUAAUAAACUGACAGCAAUACCUGCCUCCGUGUGUAAAAUUGUUACUUUAAGGAGGCUCUACUUAAAUGACAAUCAACUGGAUUUCGAAGGUAUUCCUUCGGGCAUUGGCAAGCUAUCGUCGUUGCAAGUAUUUUCCGCGGCUAAUAAUCACCUGGAAAUGAUACCAGAAGGCUUAUGCAGAUGUGGUUCGUUGAAAAAAUUGAUACUGUCAUCGAAUCGAUUGAUCACUGUACCGGAUGCUAUUCAUCUCCUUACCGAUUUGGAACAGUUGGACCUGAGAGACAACCCAAAUUUGGUAAUGCCGCCGAAACCGACGGAGGUUCAAAAAGGAUCUGGUAUAGAAUUCUAUAACAUUGAUUUUUCUCUGCAACAUCAACUACGACUUGCCGGCGCAAAUGUUCCUACGCCAACGCAAACGGCGAAUAGCAAAGAUCCGAUAGCCCGUAAAAUGAGACUCAGAAGAAGAAGGGAUCAGGAAGAAGCUGACCAAGAUCAAGCCAAGAUAUUAAAGGGUAUGAAAGAUAUAGCAAAAGAGAAGAACAAAGAUAAAGAGUGCGAAGAAUCUAAAGUGGAAUCAUUGAAGCCGAAGCGAUGGGACGAAACCUUGGAAAAACCACCGUUAGAUUAUUCCGAGUUUUUUGAUGAAGAUGCCGGUCAGGUACCUGGACUGUCCGUAUGGGAAAUUGAAAAUUUCUUGCCUAACGAGAUAGAAGAGGUCGCGCAUGGCAAGUUUUAUGAAGGCGAUUGUUAUAUCGUUUUGAAGACGGAGAUCGACGAAGCUGGAUCUUUGGUGUGGGCAAUUUAUUUCUGGAUCGGAGAAAAAGCUACGUUGGACAAAAGGGCCUGCGCUGCGAUUCAUGCUGUAAACUUACGUAAUUAUUUAGGUGCGCAAUGUCGCACUAUCAGAGAAGAGCAAGGCGAGGAAUCCGAUGAAUUUUUAAUGUUAUUUGAGUCUGGUAUCACGUACAUAGAAGGUGGUCGUACUUCAUCCGGCUUUUACACAGUUGAAGAUACGCCGUCGAUAACGCGACUUUAUAGAGUACACGCCGCCGGUGCUUCGAUUCAUUUAGAACCGGUCCCAGUCUGUUUUGACUCUUUGGACCCGGGUUUCGUAUUUGUUCUGGACUCUGGUUAUAAGAUUUUCAUAUGGUACGGUAAAACAGCAAAGAGCACCUUGAAAUCAAAGGCAAGAUUAAUGGCUGAGAAAAUAAACAAAAACGAAAGAAAGAACAAAGCAGAAAUUCUAACGGAAAUCAUGAAUUCCGAAUCGGACGAUUUUCUGUCGCAUUUGAAUGUGAAAGACAUUUCGCAACUACCACAAAUCACUGAACACGUAGAUCCGAAUUUUAUACCGUUUACACCACGUCUGUAUCAAGUUCAACUUGGUAUGGGUUAUUUAGAGUUACCACAAGUCGAAGUACCUCAUGGAAAAUUAACGAACACAUUGUUGAACAAUCGUAACGUUUAUAUAUUGGAUUGCCAUUUGGAUGUCUACGUUUGGUUUGGAAAAAAGUCAACGAGAUUGGUACGAGCUGCUGCUGUUAAGCUUUCCCAAGAAUUGUUUAACAUGAUAGCACGGCCGGAAUACGCUAUGGUAACAAGAUUACAAGAAGGAACCGAAUCUCAGAUUUUCAAGUCUAAAUUUACCGGUUGGGACGAAGUUAUAGCUGUCGAUUUUACUAGAACUGCCGAAUCGGUUGCUAAAACUGGCGCAGAUCUUACGAAAUGGGCCAAACAGCAGGAAACGAAGGCAGAUCUGGCUGCACUUUUCAUGCCUAGACAGCCGUCGAUGUCGUUCGCUGAGGCGCAACAACUCAUGUCCGAAUGGAACGACGAUUUAGAAGGAAUGGAAGCGUUGGUUUUAGAAGGGAAGAAAUUCGUACGUUUACCGGAAGAUGAAUUAGGCCAUUUUUAUAGUGGUGAUUGUUACGUAUUUUUAUGCCGUUACUGGAUGCCACUCGAUACUACGGAGAACGAAGACGGUGACGAGCAGUUCGAGGAAGAUUAUCAGUGUACAGUAUAUUUCUGGCAAGGCAGAGACGCAGGAAACAUGGGAUGGUUAACGUUUACAUUUAGUUUACAGAAAAAAUUUAAAUCGUUAUUUGGUGAGAAUUUGGAAGUGGUUAGAACUCAUCAACAACAAGAAAAUUUAAAGUUUUUGGCAUACUUUAAAAGAAAAUUUAUUAUUCAUCAUGGCAAGCGUAAACAGCCUAAGUCGUCUGGUAAUAAUAAGGUUGAAUUUUAUCACUUAAGGAGUAAUGGAAGUGCGUUGUGUACUAGGCUGAUACAAAUACCAGCUGAUUCUUCAUUAUUAAACUCUUCGUUCUGUUAUAUUUUAAACGUGCCGUUUAACAACGACGACCAAACUGGAAUAGUGUACGCUUGGAUUGGUUCUAAAGCGAACAGCGAUGAAGCUCGUUUAAUCGAAGAAAUUGCCGAAGAAAUGUUCAAUAACCCAUGGAUUAGUUUGCAAGUUUUGAAUGAAGGUGAAGAACCAGAUAACUUCUUCUGGGUAGCUCUUGGUGGGAAAAAACCAUAUGAUACCGAUGCGGAAUACAUGAAUUACACUAGAUUAUUUAGAUGUUCGAACGAGAAAGGAUAUUUUACUAUCAGCGAAAAAUGCGCCGAUUUUUGUCAAGAUGAUUUAGCAGAUGAUGAUAUUAUGAUACUUGAUAAUGGUGAACAAGUAUUUUUAUGGCUAGGAAGCCGUUGUUCGGAAGUGGAAAUUAAAUUGGCUUAUAAGUCUGCUCAGGUAUACAUUCAACACUUGCGAGUAAAGCAACCUGACAAACCACGAAAACUAUUUUUAACUGCGAAAGGAAAAGAAUCCCGAAGAUUCACUAAAUGUUUUCACGGUUGGAGUUCGCAUAAAAGGUCGCCUUAA